AUGGACACUGAAGCCGUUAUGAGCGAGACCAAAAAAGAGGAAAAUGAAGAUGUACACGACAAGGAGAAGACGUCGAGAACUUUUCAUUCCACAUUUUUCCAAAAUAUAAAUCGAUCCAAGCGGAAGAUAAGGACUCUUAAACUUCAGCACGACUACGUUCUGGCGAGGAACAUUCCUCAGUCAGAUAUCCGAAAAUCUAGAGCUGUUUGGGACGUCGCGUUCGACUCUGACCACCGUCCAGUUCUUCUCAGCUCCAAGAUACGGUUCCACAAGAGAAACCGAGGAGUUCCUCUUCAACCGAAAAUCGACAUGGCAGGUCUGAAAGACGAUGAAUGCAGAAGAAAAUUCCGCCAACGUGUGUCUAUUCAUGUUGGAGUACGGACCAGGAAGAAGCUUAGCGAUGCGGAUUCCUUCAGAAAGUGCAUCCAGGACGCUGCAAGGGAAACGCUCCCGGUUCUAUUGCCGCGGAAGAAGUUUGCAUUUGCAUCUGCGGAGACAAAAUCCACGUACAAUUCUGUAUGUGUCGCGCGCAGCGCUAGUGACUUCAACCAGGAAAAGCGUCUUAGAAAGAAGCUGCGUCGUCAACUGCAACAAGACCGCGAUAACGAGUGGACGUCAAGAGCGAUGGAGUUUGAGAAGGCGUGGGAGGACAGGAACCCGCGGAAAGCCUAUGCUCUACUAAAGCAGUGUAGCGGCAAAAUGAAGAGAUGUUCUCCUGCCCUCAACACUGCCAAUGGAGUAGCUGUCGGUGAAGCAACCCUUCCAAUUAGGAGGGAACACUUCAAUACCUUCCUGAACCGGCUAGUACCGUCAGCCCCUGAACUCGAACACGUUCAUAGACCGACAUACGCGGUUAACGAGGAGCCACCGACUGUGUCGGAGAUUCUGGUCUGUAUUCAAAAAAUGAAGGAUGGAAAAUCUGGCGGAGAAGACAGGAUUAGCGCAGAAAUGCUAAAAUAUCUUCCUCCGUCUGGGAUUCGUGAGAUGACAAAGAUCAUCCGUUCAAUAUGCAUAGACGAAAGGAUACCUGAUUCGUAG